AUGAAGUGGUACUUAGUGGUGCUGAUUCUGGCCGGUGUCACACGGGCGGACAACUCCGUAGACACGGACUAUUCGAUCUUCAAGUGUCCGGCCCUGAAUGCCCAAGACGAGAUCGAUUUGAACGAGAUAAUGGGUAAGUGGUACGUGGUGGAGGUUCUCGGGCACAAAGUCGAUCCGUUCAAACCGAUCACUGGAACAUUCGUGGUGGAUUCCUGUCCGAUCGUGAAGCUCAGAGCUGUGGAGAACUCGUCGAAUUUCUUCUCGUCUCUGAGGCUGCUCUGGACCGAAGAGGCGGGCAAUCUCGAGUACACCUUCCGGAUACCGGACAUCUCGAGGAAACCGGGCUUCUGGAUCUCCACCUCUCUGCAAAAUGGUACCCUGGUGAAGAUGGUGUACAACCAGUUCACCGGGAACGUGCACGUGAUGAAGGCGGUGGCCUCGAACAUGGUGCUGACAUUCUGCUCCCGGAGCCCGGACAACCAGCUCUACUCACUGUUACUCUCUCGAGAGCACAUCCUUCAGCUGAGCGACAAGCGUGGCGUUCACAACCUCCUAAGUCGUCGUGGUCUAAAGAUCGUCAGUAUUCGAGAGACCUGCAUGAACAACGCGGCUUGGAGAAGAGGAUCCUUCGAUUUAAUCGGCUGGUUAGCACUGCUACUAGUGUCGUUCAGUCUUCUCUUUGGUUCCUGGUAGUGGUAAUCGUCUUUCUCUCUCGAAAAAAGCAAGAACCAAAAACGAAAAGAAUCAAAUAUUCUAGGGGAACCGUUAGCUGCUUG